UGGUUCAGUUUGAAUGUAAAGAUACUUCUACUACUAAUGUCUCUUUAGUCUUUCCAAACACUGAAUUUGACAAGGAAGAUUAUCAUUCUUUCUUCAUGAAAAAAUAUAUCAAGUAGCAAUGGCAGACAUGGAUUCUUCUUCUUCAAGCACUUUGUCAUUAAAUCAUAAGAACACCUCGUUAGUGUCUCGUUUGAGGAAGAGUUGUUUAUCUUUUGCAGCUUCUAUUCAGGAAGGCUUUCGAUAUGUAAAAGCCUUUUUUGUGGGUCAGGUAAAGAUUAUUACUGCAAGAAAUGAGAAGGAAGCAAGUGCAGGUGAACUUGAGGCUACCAAGAUGCAGGUUGAGGCUGCGGAUGCUGCUGAAGAUUUCAAGAAUAGACUCAAUAAAUCUGAGACUUUGGUGUUACCUGUCUCGAACUAGUAAUGUGCCACACACACUGCCCCGUUGGCUAGACUUUUGAAAAUCUUCUGAAGCUGGAAAAUCAUA